GUCUUGCUGCCUCCCAAUAACAUAAUCAAAAACCAAGAGCCCUUCGAUACCGUCUCGUUUCUGUUACGAGGUUACAAACAAGAUGGAGGACAAAAAAGAUGGAAAUGCUGAUUCUAGUCACGUAGAAGACCAAUCUAAAUCACCGAGAGAAAUUCCUCCAUGGGCGCAAGGAGAAAAUCUAAGGAAUGUCGAGAAAGAUGUUUUGAUACCAAAAAUCAUGAGAGAGAAAGCGAAGAUUAAAUGCAAAGAUCUUGUUGACGAAUUUGCAAAAUGUGCAAAAGGGAGAACUGUUUCAAUGCUGUGGAACUGUAUGUCUCAAAACAAUGCAAUGAAAGAGUGUCUUACUAAGUAUUAUCAGGAUUCAGAGUUUUAUGCUGAAUGUAAAGAAGUAUAUUUGAAGCAAAGAGAAGAAUUUCAAAAAGUUUGGUCAGAAACUGGAAAAACAAAAUUGCCAAAGAAGAAAGACUCAGCAAUGUUCUAGAUUUUGUGAUAAGAGCAUGUAACCGAAAGGUUCAUUUAAACGGUUAUUUAUGAAUAUGAAUGUAGUGAGAAUAUUAAGGAGAGGAAAUUUUUGUCUGCUUUGUGAAAUGAAGAUAUACAUAGCUAGAUUUUGUAUGUAAAUUAAAUAUGAUUCUGUGAUUUAAGAUUUAAAAUAUCAAGGCCAGUUUAAAUAAGAUUAAGAUAUCUUAUUUUACUUGGUCUAAGAUGUUGUGUGACUGGAAUUUUCUUUAUAUUCAUAAUAUAAAAGAAAUUAGUGGACAAAAUGUAGCUUCCUUAGAAAAAGUACGGAGGAUUAGGAAAGAAUUAAUAUAAUCUUUUUAUCCUCAUUUCAAUAUUCUGUUUGAUAAAACUUUGAG